GUGAAGAGGCACACAAUUAGCAUAUUGUUCCUUUCUGUAUUGUGCUGAGAGGAUCCAAGGGAUUGGUGGGGGAACAGGCAAGCCAGGCAUCACCGUGGAUAUUGAAGAAGGGGGUUACUCAAACCUCAGCAUCUUCACUUGCUCGCUCUGGAAUUACAGCUAUUUAUUACGAAGCACUCUGUGUGGCUUAGUGGAGUGUGUCUGAGGAAACACAUCCGGACACCACUUAGGGUUAGUCUUUCUGAGCUCUUCACAUCUCUGACUAAUUAUCUUCAUUAUCAUGGAGCCCAACAGUCCCAAAAAGAUACAAUUUGCUGUGCCUUUAUUCCAGAGUCAGAUUGCACCUGAAGCAGCAGAGCAGAUCAGGAAAAGAAGACCUACACCAGCAUCACUUGUGAUUCUCAAUGAGCAUAACCCCCCAGAAAUAGAUGACAAGAGGGUGCCCAACACACAAGGGGAAUCUCAGAGUGCAUCCCCUAAGCAAAGGAAGCAGAGUGUGUACACACCACCCAUCAUAAAAGGGGUUAAGCAUCUGAAAGGCCAGAAUGAAUCAGCAUUCCCUGAAGAAGAAGAAGGCACCAGUGAAAGAGAGGAGCAGCAGGACCACUAAUUACUGGUGCAAAAUGAGUUGAUAACAACCAGAAGUUGACUUGUUAGUGCUGUGCUUCUACUUGAGCUUGGAAAAAUCCCAACACAAAACAAACACCACCUCCGAUUCCAUCAUGAUGCCACAUUGCUUCCUACUGGAUCACCUCCUGAAGCACUUUAGAUAUUUCAUACAUAAGUAUUGACAUGUUUUUCGGAAGCUGUUUCUUCACUUAUCGCUUUUUUCUAAUAAUUUAUAUUACACCAUUUGCCAAGU